UGGCUUGCCGGUUAUGUAGUCCUCGAAUGACUUCUAUCAUUUUUCUGACAGCAUUUACAUUUUCGUCCACUUUUUCUCUCAGAAGCGGCCCUUUGAAAGCGGACUAAAGCCAUCAAAAUGCCAGAACUCACUGAAGUUGACAAAGCCACUCCGGUGGAACCCAAACCUGAGAAGCCAGAACAAAGCGCCGAAUCUUCUACGGAGAGUGAUUCAGAUGAAGAAAUUCCCGAAUUGGAGGACGCUGGAGCGGCCACUGCUGCCACUGCAGCGUUUCCUGGAGCGUCCGCAGCUGGUCUGCCAGUUGAUAUGGUCUCAAAAGCCAAACAAUCCCGAGGCGAAAAAAAAGCCAGAAAAAUCAUGUCUAAAUUGGGGCUGAAGCCAGUGCAAGGGGUUAGCAGGGUAACGAUCAGAAAAUCAAAGAACAUCCUCUUCGUCAUCAAUAAACCCGAUGUCUACAAGAACCCGGUCAGCGACACUUACAUUGUGUUUGGUGAAGCUAAAAUUGAAGAUCUUUCUCAACAAGCUCAAGUAGCCGCCGCUGAGAAGUUCAAAGAGGUCAAUCCGGCGGGUGAUGGUGCAUCCGGCACCACUACAACAGCUGUGGCUCCGAUAGCUGAAGAAUCUGACGAAGAUGAAGAGAUCGACGAGACUGGGGUUGAAGACAAGGACGUUGAAUUAGUGAUGUCACAGGCCAAUGUUAGUAGAGUGAAGGCAGUGAAGGCGCUUAAAAAUAACCAGAACGAUAUAGUGAACGCGAUAAUGGAGUUGACGAUGUGAGUUCACGAUAUGCGCCAGCGUGAAACCAGUUAGCGUCUCUGAGUUAUAGUAAAGUCCUCUUGUAAGUCUGUUAUCGGUCAUAGGCGUUGACUGGAUUAUUUUAUGCAAUUACGUCAAUGCCCUAUUCUUUAGGGAAGUAAUGUAAUUUGGCUGCGCAUUUGGAGUUUUCUCGUUACAGUUCAAAAUAAAUGUAGGCAGUGGUAUAUUUAUUUUGUAUUGAUGACAUCAACAGUUGCGUAAAACUGUACCUUAUGUAACAUAUGCAGUCAAUAAACAGUAAAAUAUU